AUGGUUAUCGUUGACAUCACUCUGGUCAAAUGCUAUCAGGCGAGUGCGGCUCUUUCAGACUCAGGGUCUGCGUCGAUUAGUACUUCACCUAGUUCAACUGCCUCUUCGGCACUAGCACACUCGUACGCAACAUUUCCGCAGACGGUUGCAACAACUUAUCCCAGCCAUUUCCCCCUAGUGUUCAACCCUGUCUGGGGGAACGGCGGCAGCAUGUCCUCGACUCGACGACUAAAUGAUGCAUCGUCCACAGGCAUGUUACCCACAGCAAGAUCACCGGGGCUAGGUCACUCUGUGUCACCGUCCGUGGGUUCAUCGGCGAGAGACAGCUAUACGACAGGGACGUCUGCCAUGCAUAGAUAUUCACACACCCUAUCCCCUCGCUCCGAUCUGUCUGGCUACAUCUCCCAGCCCGACACUCCCAGGAGUGUACUUCCGACAAGUAUGCCGUUAACUAAUUACAACAACGGCUACCACACGAGUGCCUAUGUACCGCCCACCGGUUCACCUGAAUCGCCGCCGUUCAAUGCACAGUCGACCUGGGGCACAAUCGUCUGCGAAGGUACCACGGUGACACCCACCCUCGACGCCAAGGUUGAAAAGGGCUUCUUCUUUUCAAGCGACCGCGUAUGGACGUGCUAUCGGCGGAACUACUUUUCAGUAAAUGUGUCGUAUCAACUCUCGCCAUGGACUCCCAACGGACGUCUGUACCUAGAUCAGAAUAAUGGCAAGCCAAGCGAGCAAAUACAGUCGAUGGCUGUUUCGCUUGGAGCUGCUGUAGACGGAGCAUCGGGAAAGACAAUUGAGCUGGUUCAGCAUACUCCAAAGCGCGACAAGGGCCCCCAGCUAACCAUGAAGAAGGAGCUGGUGGCACCGACACCACCAGGCAAAAGUCAUGAGCACGGUAGUUAUGCGCUAAACAGCUUCCACCAAACCUCGGCAGUAGCAGGCCCUCAUCUUCCGCUGCAAAACGAGAACGAGUCCCAGCAAUAUUCUCCCACAGGCCAUGGUAGUAGCAACUACCAGCAUUCGUUUGAGCGCAUCCAGUUCAAAUCGGCAACGGCCAACAACGGCAAGCGUCGAGCGCAACAACAGUACUACCAUCUGAUUGUAGAGCUGUGGGCGAAUGUACAGAAGCCGCAGGAGGAUGGGCCAAGGUGGGUCAAGGUGGCAGCUCGCUUGUCCCACCCGGUCGUUGUCCGGGGACGGUCGCCCAGUCAUUAUCAGAACGAAGGUCCGCACAAUGCCAGCGCAUCCAGAGGUGCACCUGGCUCAGGCUUGGGUGGCAACGGCCAUCAUGGGUUAGGGUCCAACGGCCGCACGUCCUACUCAAGCUACGGCAACGCCAUGUCUGGUAGUGGUACGACAGGCAUGGGCGGGAGCAUGUAUCGUGGCAACACAUACUCGCUGGAUCCGAGUCCGGUUGGCAGCCAUUCAAUCAGUUCGUCAAGCUCUUUGAGUGGGGGAAACAUUCAAGGAAUCGUUGGUGACCAACAAAUGGUCGAAGACAGUGACAGCAAGAUGAUGGACCCACCGCAAGACUACUCGUACUACCCAGCCCCUAUCUACGAGAGCACCGCAAGCAAGUAUGAAGGUGCACUUCCGCCACCAGAUCGCAGGGUCAAGGAAGAAUAUCCUAGUGCUGCGUGGCAAGGGGGAGGGUGCGGCCGAUUCCAGGGCAUAGAAAGCAGCCGAGGCUAUUAUCCUGAUGUCCAAACGCACACGUAUUGA